AUGGGUGAAAUGGAGUCUCAAGACCUACAGGGCCAAUCGACUCCCGUUGUUGAUAUCAUCGACGACCACGACAAUACCGCCCUGAACCUUGCCAUAUAUAACGUUCUCAUCAGGUUGCCUUUAUUCCAACAAGAAACCUUCACCAACCCACUGGCGUACAGUUAUGAUAAAACUGUAAAUGCCUUACUACGAAUUACAGAGAACGACAGUGUCCUCCAGUCUUCACCUGCUCCGAGUGCCGCACCCAAUGUCAGGCCUCAGGCCGUCCCUCAGGCUAAGACUCGAGGUGUAAAGAGAGCGAGGGAGCCCGAACCCGAGCCUUCAAAACGACCUACCGGUAUAAAUAGCCGGCGUGCGGCCAAGACAAUGAAACCUGAGGAGGCCAACGAGGCCAAAGGCCCUCGUUACAGGCUUAUUGCCCCAAAGCCACCAAAGAUUGAUGUGCCUUGUCAACGACAGCCAUUGCCUGUCAAUAUACUGCCAAGCAGAGCUGGUUUCCAGUAUCGGAACGCACCUGUCUCGUUUGCUGCUCCUGGUGGUGCUGCUCGUGAUUCAGGACAACAACUGAAUCGUCAUCUUCAGCUGGCGCAGGCGCAGAUGGGCUUUAAUCCUCCUGUCACUUCGUCUCCUCACAGCGGGACAUUCCGUCUCCCCACAACGGGCAUAUGGCUUUCUCUUCCCAUCUGCCACCUCUUCGACAGCUUCAUGAUGGGAUGA